AAAAAGCUUUUUAUACUCUGCCUUGAUUCCCAAAUAAAGUAAUUCCACGCUAGUUACAGCAGCUCUUUAGUCUGAGAUCAGUCAGUCUCUCCUCCGGCCGGGCAGGUUACACGGUGGCUCUCCUGUCUCUGCUCUCAGGUGACUCCCGGGCUGCGGAGAGACGCUCUGCGGGAUCAGAGGAAACACCGGAGGUUUCCCUCGCAGCUCUGGCAUUAAAUUCCGCGCACGUUCGGCGAAAAGGGCAGGAAUUAGAUCAUCACGGGUCCCUGAGAAGAGCCCCGGUCCUCUCACUUUGCCUCCACGCCUCCCACUCGGCUUCCUAUAUUGUCUUCUUGUCUGUUUCACCGCGCUAAUCUCUUCAAACCUGAGGGCAGCAUGACAGGAGGACUGAAGGACGGCGAGACAGAGGAGGAGUAUCCGCAUUCGCCGUUCAUCCGAAAACAAGGGAACAUAUACAAACCCAACAAUAAAGACAUGGACAACGACAGUCUGAACGAGAAGACGCUGGAGGACGUCCACACCAAAGAGAUCGACCUGGUCAACCGGGACCCCAAACACAUAAACGACGACGUUGUCAAGGUGGACUUUGAGGACGUGAUUGCCGAACCUGCAGGGACCUACAGCUUCGACGGUGUGUGGAAAGCCAGCUUCACCACCUUCACCGUCACCAAGUACUGGUGCUACCGACUGCUGACGGCGCUGGUCGGCAUCCCCUUGGCACUGAUCUGGGGAAUCUUCUUCGCCAUCCUGUCCUUCCUGCACAUCUGGGCCGUGGUGCCUUGUGUCAAGAGCUACCUGAUCGAGAUCCACUGCGUCAGUCGCGUCUACUCCAUCUGCGUGCACACCUUCUGCGACCCGCUGUUCGAGGCUAUGGGCAAGUGCCUCAGCAGCGUCCGAGUCCGCAUGACCAAGGAGGUGUAGCGUCCAAAAAGAGGAGGAGGAGGAGGAGGAGGAUUAACGGAAAGAGGGGAGGGAGGAUGGGAGGGCUGAAGCAACACCAACGGAGGGAAAAGUCAGAGCAGAAAAGAAGACGAAAGAAUAGAUCGCGGGAUGUUUCCAGAUCUGGGGGGGGUGUUUGGAGGUGAAGGGGCGUGGUCACAUGGCACCUGGCCACGCCCUUUUCCUCCAUCUGUUUUUUCUCUCCAGUGUUGGAUGUAACCAAACGGGUGGGCACAGGAAAUCAAAGGGUCAUUCUCCUGGGUUUUUGUUGUUGUUUUGUUCCAUAGUUUUUUUUUAUUCCUCACUUUGUCAAGCAGGCAACCGAGCUCCAUAUCUGUUCUCUGUUAGUUAAGUCUUUCCUUUUACUGUGUCUGUGGAGAGCUUAUCAGUUCUGACUGAUUCAUUCAUGUGAGGAGGGGAUGUCAGAGUGUAUCACUGCCUUCUCUUGUGUUUGUUUCGGAGCCUGUGGGCAGGGCAGGAUGGUGGGAUGGUCAAAGCAGAGAGAAAGACAGACCGCUGCCAAAUUCUGUCUGACUCAGCAAAAACAAAACAACCCCAUGAGCCGAGCAGCACAGCAACACCCCCCUCUCUUCCCUCGGCCCCACACGACCUCCCACCCACCAAAAAAAACCAAAAAAAAAAAAAACAACCCCCCCGCCGCCCUCCUGUUCGCCCGGCUUUCCAGCAGUCUGACACACUGAACCUGCCCUCGUUCCUGCAUGCACCUGCGUCACCUUGCCAGCAACUCGCCGUCCACCACCGCCACGCCUGCCACGAGCACCGGACGAUGCAGGAAUGAUUUGCAUCUCUGACGUGCUCGCUCGCUCUCUGCAUCAGCUUCUCUUCUUACUUCACCUCCGCCUCAAAACGAGAAAACGUUUCAGUGCAGGUUUCAUCACCAUCAUCCUCAUAAUGACACGACUGUGUGACAGAGAAUGUUAGCUUUUGAAUUUGACAAGAUUUUCUUUUGUUUUUUUUUUAAUCCAAGUUAGACCUUUUCUUUUUCAGUGAAGCUCAAUGCUUUUAAAUGCACAUGAUCAUAGUUCUGUAGUGAAUGCUUUUUUCCCUACACUAUGAAAAUGAAGAACUUUGAGGGGGUCAUUUCAGUGCCAUUGUUUUGAUAUCCUGUUUGUACUGUAUGGAGAAAAUAAGACUUUACAAGCUAUGGCCUCAUUCCAGUGCACUAAUCUAUGGGAAAGUAUUGUAAGUGAGUAGCACUAGUGAAAAUCUCCUCUCUAUAUGACUCAUUAGCAAAGGUAGAAGAGUACUAACGGUUACUUUUGCACACUUUGCACUUAGGAUGUGCAGUUCCAAGCGUGUGUGUGGAGAUUUUUCUUGCGCACUGUGGUACUUACGCAGGUUAAUGCAUUGGAAUAAAGACAAUGUGAGGUGGGACGUGUGAUUCCCCCUCCCCCUUUUUUUUGUCUUCUUAAUUUUUGUUUUGGUUUCCCCUGAGUUUGUUCUGCUGCCCUGCUUCCUGACUGUGGACACGAUGCUAAAGAGCAUCAAACUGAUACCUCCCACCCCAGGGAUGGUCGGGGUUGAGGUGGGGUGGGGGGGUUAUGUUUUAUAGAGACACUAAGCUCGCUUUGACUCCGUCACCUUCAGUCUACCUGCUGUCUUCUCACAGGGAUGGUAAUAUCACAGCACCUGUUUCUUGAAAUGAGAAUUUUAAGCUCAAAAGGUGAUAUUUUUAUAAAAAUGAUUUUUCCCUUCCUUUGCUUUUACUGUAUAAUAUAACGCUGUGCACAUUAAAAUUUAAUAUAAUCCA